CGUCAUUCACUCCGCAGUCCGCGCGCACCUGUCCCCAACACUAAACGUGUUCUAUUUUCAAAAGUUCGAAAACUUUUAUCCAAACUCGAAAUUCGAAUUGAAUGUGAAACUUUUUAGUGUUGUUCAGUUGUUUUUAUUUUUAAAAGUGCGUUCGGAAUAAUUGAAUUUUGAAUAGAAAAUAAAAACUUAGUAACUGUGGAUCGUGAGAAAUAGUGGUUUUGUGAAAUUAAGCAUUUGGUUCACGGUGCAAAAGAAACUUGGAAGUAAACAACGAGUUCCUACAAGGAGCACAACCUUGCAUGACCGGUUUUUUGUCACACAACCAUGUUGCCCAGGAAAAGAAGUACGAUACUCCUGACUCUACUGGUCCUCAUCAGGUCAUCCGAGCAGUAUAGCUCAGGAGCUCCCGCUGGGGCGUGCAAUGACCAGAUGCCCCGACACGCGUCCAUCCAGGCGCAGUCGACACCCCCUCCGUAUGUCAUCGGGCCGUCAUCGUCGCAGGUCCGUCAAGGGGACUCCUUGAAUGUCACGGUUGGCAGCCCUGCUGGUGCGCCAACGCCUAUUGGAGGGUUUAUACUGCAGGCCAGGUCUAUACAGUUUCCCUUGCCAUGUAUCUCUCCUCUUGGAAAAGCAACUGUAGCUCAAAGCUACGCGACGUUCUGGAAGAACGUGGAAUCCAAAGUGGUGGAGGUGGUGAACCGUAACACUGUGAUCACCACCACGUCACCAGCCCCUACUUCUCAGUCGACCACUCAAGCCGCGCCACCCGUGAUCAUGGAGAGCAGGCCAAGCCCGCCUACCGAAACCCGCGACGAAAUCUACCAAGGAUGCGCUGACACCAAACUGUGCUACGGUAUCCCAGAAAACUGCAUCGCUAGAGGCAACUGCGAUGCCAUCGUAGCCGUCUUCGUUGCUGGUGACAUCUACACCUUCGAGAUCCAGGGAACUAACAACCCUAAAUACAUAGCUGCUGCUCUAAGCAUGGACAGCAAAAUGGGCGACGACAGCGCCAUGGAAUGCGUCAGAAACGACAACGGAAGAGUCAGUCUUUUCACGUCGUGGACUUAUCCUAAAGUAGAGCCAUUCGUCAGAAGAUCAGACUCCCCACAAGAUAUUGUCCAGUUGAAGGAAAGCUCGAAUAUCAAUGGGAAACUGUACUGCAAGUUCACGAGGGAUGUGGUUUCGACAGUCAAGGGAUUCACGUUUGAUUUGGCGGGCGGCAAAUACAACCUCAUGGUUGUCUCUGGUGAUAGCAUGAAAGAUGCUGAACGGGUAGGCUUCCACUCUAUCGCUUUCGGUGCUACCGGGGAGUCUCUGGCUUUAGCUACGGUGGGAACUGCAGCUGGUUCCUCCAAACUCCUCGUGAAGUUGCAUGGAUCCUUCAUGUUGCUGGCCUGGUUGGGAACAUCGUCUAUUGGAAUAUUGCUUGCGAGAUACUUCAGACAAGUUUGGGUUGGCAGACAGUUAGGCGGCAAGGACAUUUGGUUUGCUUACCACCGAAUCCUCAUGGUGCUGACGUGGCUGCUAACAGUCGUCGGCUUCAUCCUGAUCCUAGUAGAGGUGGGCGGCUUCGCCACGACUGGAGACAACCCUCACGCGAUCACCGGCCUGGUCACUGUCAUACUGUGCUUCAUACAGCCGAUUGGUGCAUACUUCAGGCCGCACCCUGGCACUAAGAAGAGGCCGAUCUUCAACUGGCUCCACUGGUUUUUAGGAAACGCUGCUCACAUUUUAGGAAUCGCAACAAUCUUCCUGGCGGUGUACCUGCAGAAGGCCGAGCUGCCUUCGUGGAGCGUGUUCAUCCUGGCCGCCUUCGUGGCCUUCCAUGUCGUCAUGCACAUAGUUUUGUCGCUGACGGUGUGUGUGUCAGACGGGCGGAUCAGCAAUGGACGAGUGAACUCCUUCCCCAUGAAGGACAUGAUGGGCCAGCCACGCCAAGUCACACAGGUCGACAGGAGCACUGAUGCACCGUUCUCCAGCUUCCGAAGACUUCUCCUCAGCAUCUACGCACCAAUAGUAUUGCUGCUGGCCGUAGCAAUGAUCUGUCUGGUUGCGCUCGCGCCGAUAGGAGAGGCAUACAACUCCAUCAUGGGCGCUUGAAGACAAGACUAACAAAAACAACAUGGCUGCGAAUUACACCUGUAUUUUGAGUAAUUUACGAGUAAAACUAGGAAUUCUACAAAGUAUUAGACAAGCCGUCCUCUAAAAUAUUGCUCACAAAUUUUUAUGAUAUUUUUUAAACAAUAAAAAAAAUAUGAGAAAAGUUUAGAUACCUACUUAACUAAAAAUGUAUCAUAGUAAUUAGAAUGAAAGGUCUUGGGUUCGAUUCCCACCUUAGGCAGUUCGAUUUUUCAAGUUUUUAGAAAUCUAUUGUUAAUGUAAUAAAUAUUACUUACUUAUAAGAAGGAAAGUAGCUAAAAUAGCAACUAGUUUGCAUAGUAUUUUCUCUAAAACAGGUGUAGAACUUUUGUAAAUAUUAUUAUUAAGUUAAAUUAUGUAUUGUAAGUUGAAAUGAAUUACACAGUUAAAAAGAGAUUUUGAAUAUUGUAAUUGAAUGUAAGUACCUACUUAAGUAAUUUUAAACAUUCCUAAAGAUUAAUUUUGAAACAGUUAUUAAAUUGUAUUUAGAGUUUUACUAUGUAAGUGUUACUUAGGUAAGCACUUAUUUAGUAAAGAGGCUCAAUUU